AUGGCAACUAACAAAUUAGAUGGUACAGAAAGAUUUGAGCCAGCAUCUGAUCUUUCCAUGAGUGCAAUUGCGAAUCGACGUAUGAACAUGCAGAGAAUGCAAAAUAUCUUUUUGGUUUGGUUGGACAACAAUAUCGAUAAUAAUGAUAUUGAUUGUAGUAAUACAAUCAAACAAUUGAAAUGUGUGGUUAAUAACGUAAACACCUUUACAGUUGGUGAACAGUGUGUUGAAUUUAUUCGAACCAUUACCAACAAUAAGAUAUGUAUGAUUGUUUCCAGUUCACUUGGGCAAAAUAUUGUGCCCUGUGUACAUGAUAUGUCCCAAGUAGAUAGUAUUUUUAUUUUCUCUAACAAUCAAGAAUCGCAUAAACAAUGGGUCAAAGAAUGGCCUAAAAUAAAAGGAGUCUUUACAGAUAUAACAUCAAUAUGUGAAGCUCUUAAACAAACUGCUCAUCAAUGUGAGCAAAAUGCCAUCUCAAUCAGCUUUGUGGCAUCAAACAAAAAGUUGGAUCAAUUAGAUCCAUCCUUUAUGUAUACUCAGAUCUUGAAAGAGAUCUUAUUGACCAUCAAAUUCGAAGAUAAACAUAUUAAAGAAUUUAUUGCUUAUUGUCGUGAAGUAUUUGUCGAAAAUGAGUAUGAUUUACAUAAUAUUACAAAAUUGGAACGUGAUUAUCAUGAUCAAAAACCUAUUUGGUGGUAUACUUAUCAAUGUUUUUUGUAUUCGAUGCUCAAUCAAGCAUUACGAUUAGUGGAUGUUGAUAUUCUUGUUCGAAUGGGUUUCUUUAUUAAUGACCUACAUCGCGAUAUUCAACGACUGCAUUCAGAACAAUUUGAUAGUCAGCAAUCGAGUACAACAUUUACAGUUUAUCGUGGGCAAUGUCUUUCAAAAGAAGAUUUCACUGAAAUGAAAAAAACUAAAGGUGGACUUCUUUCAUUUAAUAACUUUUUAUCAACUAGUAGAAAUCGUGCUGUUUCUCUCCUUUUCGCACCACAUGCUGCUACAAAUCCUGAUCUUGUCGGAGUUCUAUUUGUUAUAUCAAUCAAUCCCACUCAUUCAACUACUCCAUUUGCCUCUGUCGCAGAUGUUAGUUAUUUUCAUACCGAAGAUGAGGUUCUCUUCUCUAUGCAUACGGUUUUUCGUAUAGAAGAUAUUCAACCAAUGGAUGAAAAUAAUGCUCUCUAUCAAGUGAAUUUAACAUUGACUCAUGACAAUGACGAAGAUCUUCGAACUCUUAGCGACCAGAUCCGGGAGGAGACCUUUUCAGAUGAAGAAGGAUGGUAUAGACUGGGAUUAUUACUGAUAAAAAUGGGUCAGUUUACCAAAGCUCAAGAAAUUUAUACAGUUUUACUUCAUCAAACAACAAAUGAGAGUGACAAAGCGCAGAUUUAUUAUCAACUAGGUUGGAUCAAAGAUAAUCAAGGAGAAUAUCAAGAAGCACUUACAUAUUAUGAAAAAGCUCUUAUAAUUCGACAACAAUUACUUCCUUCCAAUCAUCCUGAUUUGGGAGAUUCCUAUAACAGAAUUGGUAUUUUAUAUGACACCAUGAGUGAUUAUCCAAAAGCACUUUCGUUUCAUGAAAAAGCCUUUCAAAUUCGACAAGAAUCACUUCCUUCCAAUCAUCCUCAUUUGGGUGCUUGCUAUAACAACAUCGGUAGGGUGUAUUACAACAUGGAUGAUUACCCAAAAGCACUUUCUUAUUAUGAGAAAGCCAUUGCAAUCAAACAACAAUCACUUCCUUCCAAUCAUCCUAGUUUAGGUAAUUCCUAUUGCAGCAUCGGAAUAGUGUAUUACAAGAUGGGUGAUUAUCCAAAAGCACUUUCAUCUCAUGGAAAAGCCCUUGAAAUUCGACAGCAAUCACUUCCUUCCAAUCAUCCUAGUUUGGGCGCUUCAUAUAACAACAUCGGUAGUGUAUAUUAUAGUAUGGAUGAUUAUCCAAAAGCACUUUCAUUCCAUGAAAGAGCCCUUACAAUUCAGCAACAAUCACUUCUUGCCAACCAUCCUGAUUUGGGUGCUUCCUAUAAUAACAUCGGUAUUGUAUAUCGUAACAUGGGUAAUUAUCUAAAAGCACUUUCCUGUCAUGGAAAAGCCCUUGAGAUUCGGCAACAAUCACUUCCGUCCAAUCAUCCUGAUUUAGGUGCUUCUUAUAACGACAGCGCGGUGGUGUAUGACAGCAUGAGUGAUUAUCCAAGAGCUCUUUCAUUUUAUGAACACGCUGUACAAAUUGGAGAAAAAUCAUUACCAACAAACCAUCCUGGACUUCAAAAAUGGAGAAAAAACCUCGAAAACAUAAAAAAAAAAUUAUAA